AUGAGUGAUCAAUUCAACCAGGACUUUGCCAACAAGGCCAACAUCAACGAGGGCCAGGGCCAGGGUCAGGGCCAGGGCCAGGGCUACGCUCCUCAGCAGUUUGUGCCCGGUCAGUCGUUUGUGCCCGGCCAGGCGUUUGUUCCCGGCCAGUCUUUUGCUCCCCAGGGCGGCUACGACCAGUACGGCGGCCAGCAGGGCGGCUACCAGGGCGGCUACCAGGGUGGCUACCAGGGCAACAACUACAACCAGGGCUACCAGGGCUACCAGGGCCGAGGCGGCUAUUCCGGUCGAGGUCGGGGCGGCUACCGAGGAGGAUACCAGGGUGGCUACAACAACUACAACCAGUACGACAAUCAGUACGGCAACUACGGCGGCUACGACAACCAGUACGGAGGGGGCUAUGACCAGCCUGAGGAGCCCCAGGAGAAGACUCUCACGCUGGAGGAGUACCAGAAGCAGAAACAGGAGGCUCUCAACAAGCUCAAGAAGCCCGCUGCCAAGUCUGGCGGAGCCCUCAAGAUUGGAGGCGACAAACCCAAGUCUUCCGGAGGAGCCCUCAAGAUUGGAGGAGACAAGCCCAAGACUUCGGGCGGCGCUCUCAAGAUUGGAGGAGACAAGCCCGCCGAGAAGAAGACCGGAGGAGUUCUCAAGAUUGGCGGAGACAAGGACAAGAAGGAAGAGUCCCCUGCCCCUGCUGCCGAGAAGAAGGAGUCCACUCCUGUUGCCGAGAAGAAGGAGGCUACCCCCGCUCCUGCCUCUAAGGAGUCUACUCCGGCCCCUGAGAAGAAGGAGUCCACUCCCGCUAAGGACGACUCUGCCGCCAACGCUGCCUCUGCUGACGCCCUGAUCGCCGCCCAGAACGCCGAGAUCGACCAGGAAACCAUCAAGGAAAUGUUUGGCGAGACCAAGGACCACAUGUCCAUCAUUUUCAUGGGCCACGUCGAUGUCGGCAAAUCCACUCUGGGAGGCCAGAUCCUCUACCUCACCGGCACCGUCAACAAGCGAACUAUUGAGAAGAUGGAGAAGGAGGCUGCCGACGCCGGACGACCCGGCUGGUACCUGUCUUGGGUUAUGGACAUCAACAAGGAGGAGCGAGCCGAGGGAAAGACCGUCGAGGUGGGCCGGUCGUACUUUGAGACCGACAAGCGACGAUACACUCUGCUCGACGCCCCCGGCCACAAGAUGUACGUGCCCUCCAUGAUUGGAGGAGCCGCUCAGGCCGAUGCCGGUAUUCUCGUCAUCUCUGCCCGAAAGGGAGAGUACGAGACCGGCUUCGAGCGAGACGGUCAGACCCGAGAGCACGCCAUGCUGGCCAAGACCCAGGGUAUCAACAAGCUGGUGAUUGCCAUUAACAAGAUGGACGACUCGACCGUCAACUGGUCCAAGGAGCGAUACGACGAGUGUAUCAGCAAGCUGAAGCUCUACCUCAAGGGUCUGGGCUACUCGGACAAGACGGAGAUCACCUUUAUGCCCGUGUCCGGUUUCACCGGCGCUAACGUCAAGGAGCGAGUCUCCAAGGAGGUGUGCCCCUGGUACGACGGCCCCUCUCUGCUGGAGCUGCUUGACUCGUUUGAGCUCGAGCGGAACCUCACCGGCCCCUUCAUGCUCCCCAUUUCCAACAAGGAGAAGAACCUGGGUACCAUUGUGGAGGGUAAGAUCGAGGUUGGCACCGUCAAGAAGGGCGACAACCUGGUCGUCAUGCCCUCUAAGGUCCCCGUCGAGGUCACCACCCUUUACAAGGAGACCGAGCAGGAGGUUGGCGGCGCGUCUGUUGGAGAGCAGAUCCGACUCAAGGUCAAGGGCAUUGAAGAGGAGGAGGUUCAGAUUGGACAGGUUCUCUGUUCUGCCGCCCAACCCGUUGCUGCCGUCACCGUCUUUGAGGCCCAGAUUGCCAUCACCGAGCUCAAAUCGAUUCUGUCGACCGGUUUCUCUUGUGUGAUGCACAUCCAUACCGCUGCUGAGGAGGUCACCUUUACUGCUCUGCUGCACAAGCUGGAGAAGGGUACCAACCGAAAGUCCAAGAAGCCCCCGGCUUUUGCCAAGAAGGGCAUGAAGAUCAUUGCCCGGCUCGAGACCCAGAACCCCGUCUGUAUGGACGAGUUUAGCAAGACUCCCCAGCUGGGUCGGUUCACUCUGCGAGACCAGGGUCAGAGUAUCGCCAUUGGUCGAGUUACCAAGCUGUUGUAA